AUGCCCCGGCGCCGGGGGGCGCUCAGAGAGCCAGCCGACUGCAGUUCCUGCUUGGGGGCAUCGCUGGCCUUGCUACUGCUGCUACUGCCAGCCUGUUACCCCGUGCGGGCGCAGAAUGACACGGAGCCCAUUGUGCUGGAGGGCAAGUGCCUGGUGGUGUGUGACUCAAGCCCCUCGGCGGACGGCGCGGUCACGUCUUCCCUGGGCAUCUCCGUUCGCUCUGGUAGCGCCAAGGUGGCCUUCUCCGCCACGCGCAGCACCAACCACGAGCCCUCGGAGAUGAGCAACCGCACCAUGACCAUCUACUUCGACCAGGUAUUAGUAAAUAUUGGCAACCAUUUUGAUCUUGCCUCCAGUAUAUUUGUAGCUCCACGAAAAGGGAUCUAUAGCUUCAGCUUCCACGUGGUCAAAGUAUAUAACAGACAAACCAUCCAGGUCAGUUUAAUGCAAAACGGCUACCCAGUGAUCUCCGCAUUUGCGGGGGACCAGGAUGUUACCAGAGAAGCCGCCAGCAAUGGUGUCCUGCUGCUCAUGGAAAGGGAAGAUAAAGUGCAUCUCAAACUGGAGAGGGGCAACCUCAUGGGGGGCUGGAAAUACUCUACAUUCUCGGGCUUCUUGGUUUUUCCUUUAUAGACACAGAGCCCUCUGGACAAUGGGGAAGUUGCAAUCUGGACCCCAGGAACCCACCCUUCAAUAUACCCUGAACUUGCCAGAGACAGACAUCCUGGUUCCAACUUCCAUCAGGCUGUUGCAGUAGAAGAAUGAUUUCCUUCUAAAUCUCCAGUAUUUUCUUUGAAUACUGACAAUUCCUUGGGAUCCUGGCCUCUAAUUAGUGUUAGAAGACAAGGUCUUAAGGAGAAAUGAAAUGAUCAAUUUGAGCAAUUUGUACCUGUGAUUGUAAAGUCAAUAUCAGAUUCUAUUGUUGGGACCAUUGACUUCUCUUUUUUUGUUUGUAUCUUGUGUCACUGUCCCAAUGGCAAGAUAGCCCAGGAUCCCAGGAGGGACUCCAGGGUGCUCUCAGAGCAAGAGCCAAGCAAAGAACUACCUGCUGGAAAGUCCUUGACAUGGGUUCUCUGUGUGUCUGUAGAGACUUACAAGAAAGAAUGGCUUCACUGUCGUUUUGUAUUUUUUUCUUGGGUGGAUGGGAGGACUUGGGAGGGGGCUGGGGCCAUUGUAAACCUGUCAAGAAGUGCUUUAUCCAGAGAAAAGCAAAUUUUGCACGAUUGGACUGCAACUUUUGUUUUGUAUUGUUUGUGU